AGAUUGAAAACUAAAAGAAGAGAAAGAAAGGGAGGGAGAGAGGGAAAUAGGGCAGUAAUAUAUAAAAGAAAAAAAGAUUGAAAAUAUAUUUUAUAUAAUCCAAAAGCAUAUACGAACCCCUGAACCCCCACCCUGGUCCACCAGCUUCGUUCAUGAGACCGCGACCCUAAAGCCUACACACAGAACUCUCAUACACACAACCCAGCAAACCCACCACUCUCAAAACACCCUACAAGAACAAAAAUAAAAGUUUGUGCGUUUGGGAUUUUUAUAAUCUGGAUUUUGAUGCUGGAUCGGCGUUGAGGAUAUCACAUUUUUCGGGCGAGAGCUUGGCCGGCAUCUUUUUGUGAGGGAUUUUGUAAUGUGGGUUUGGAAGUUUUUGGGGGAAAAAAGUUAACGAUUUUUGCUGCUUGGUUGCUCAGAAAAGCUUAGGAAAAUUGUAAGAGAAUUAUUUUAGGUUUCUGAAUCAUAAAUUUUCCCAUUGUUCAGGGAAGUAGAAGACAGAAUGUGGCAACUCGGUUGAGCCUAAUACCAGGUUUUAGUGAUUGAAAAUGGCGGAGGCAAACUCAGUUGAUGUGAUUCUGGACUUUCUGAGGCGUAACCGGUUCACCAGAGCUGAGGCGGCCUUGCGCAGUGAGAUUAACAAUCGCCCUGAUUUGAAUGGUUUCCUUCAGAAGCUUACACUUGAAGAGAAGGAUUCAGGUAUUCUGAAGGAAGGAGAAAAUGGGGACAAGCCCAUUGUCGAUAAUCAAGGAUUGGGUUCUUGUAAUAGUGAUGAAGUUUCUAAGGAACUUAUAGUGAAGGAGAUACAGUGUGGAACUGGUAGAAACGGGUCUGAGAGUAAAUGGAAGAAUGCUGCUUCUACUGGGGAGCGGAAUAAACCUGAUGAAGCCCCUAGGACAAGUGACAAGCCCUUUACUUUCUCUAAAGGACCAGAGGACACUGUGCUCGAUUUGUACUCAUGGAAGUUCAAUCCUAGCAAUGGUAGUGCUAAUCCAUAUCAAGGUGAUGGUGCUAGUGGGACCACAGAUCGUUCGGAGCAUGAAAUUUCUGAGAAAACAAAACACAGGGCAGGUGACAUUUCUGCUGAUACUGGUAAAGCCACUGUGAAAGCUGGAGAAGAUAUUAGUUUUUCUGGUGAAAAGAAAACUUCAUGGCUUGGAAGUACUAGUAAAGCCAAUCUAGAAUCCAAAUAUGAGAAAACCCAGACAAGUGAACCUAAAGAACUUGAUCAGCAAUUUAAGACUAGUGGUUCAUAUUUCAAAGAGAAUUUCACUGAUAAUCUAUGGUCAAGGAGUGAGGAGUCUGCAAAUUCAUCUUCAGAAUUGUGGAAAGAUUGCUCUGUCAAAACUGUUUUUCCUUCCUCCAAGGUUCAGGUGUCAACUAGUUAUGAUAGUGUUUCAGGUACCGACAAGAAAGAAGGAAAGAGAAACACAGAGGUAACUGAUAUCAGGGCUGCAAUAAAAGAGCAGGUGGAUGAGGUGGGAAGAGCUUUGUACUUCAACAAAUCACAAGGAAUUUCUGAGCAGAAGACCAUUAACAGCUUAGUUUUUCCUCUUGUGUCUGAGAAUCAGAAGGAAGAGUUCCCUAGGCUGCCACCUGUUAAACUUAAGUCAGAAGACAAGCCGCUAAACAUCAAGUGGGAGGAAAAGUUUGAGCGAGAUGGACCUGUCACAAAACUGAGUGGUGUUGAUAGUACCCUCUUUAUAGGGACCUAUCUGGAUGUACCUGUUGGACAAGAAAUCAACCCUGGAGGUUUUGCUACUGUUGGCGAUGGAUUGAGUGAAUCUGUUGACUACCCGAAUGAUUACUGGGACUCUGAUGAGUAUGAUGAUGAUGAUGACGUGGGAUAUAUGAGACAACCUAUUGAGGAUGAGGCCUGGUUUCUGGCUCAUGAAAUUGAUUACCCCAGUGACAAUGAAAAAGGAACUGGGCAUGCAAGUGUUCCAGAUCCGCAGGAAAGAGGUCCAACCAAAGAUGAGGAUGAUGAUCAAUCUUUUGCUGAGGAGGAUUCUUACUUUUCUGGUGAGCAGUACUUUCAAGCAAAAAAUGUUGAACCAGUUACUGCUUCUGAUGAUCCUAUAGGACUCUCAGUGACGGAACUAUAUGGAAGAACUGAUGACAAUGAUUUAAUAGCUCAAUAUGAUGGGCAUUUGAUGGACGAAGAAGAAUUAAAUUUGAUGCGUGCAGAACCUGUUUGGCAAGGCUUUGUCACUCAGACAAAUGAACUCAUAAUGUUAGGGGGUGGAAAAGCUCUAAACGACCCUGGAAGGCCACAUAUAGAUGAUAUUUGUGUGGAUGAUGAUCAGCAUGGUUCAGUAAGAUCUAUUGGUGUAGGAAUUAACAGUGAUGCUGCAGACAUUGGCAGUGAAGUACGUGAAAGUUUGGUUGGAGGCAGCAGUGAAGGGGACUUAGAAUACUUUCGAGACCAUGAUGUUGGAAUUGGUGGGUCCAGACAAUAUCAUCAUGAUUCAGACAAGAAACAUAUCGAUAUGCCUAACAAGGAUAGAAAGAAAACUAGUAAACUAGAGUCAAACAAAUAUGUAGUUGGAAAUAACUUGGGUGCAUCUACGCAGAUGAAAAGUGCAGAUGGAGGAUUUUCAUUUCCUCCACCAUUGAGAGAUGGACAGUCAGUUCAUGCUAGCUCUAGUAAAUCUUUGUGGAUAACCAACAGCAAUGCUGUUGCUAGUGAUGAUGCUGAAGGCUGCUUAAAUGCUGUAAUGGGGCCUGAUGACAUGCUUGCUUCAUGGAGACGGAAAAGCAAUGAUUCUUCACCUGUCAAGAGUUCUAAGGAUGAAAGUAAUGCAAAUGUAAUUAGGUCUGCUACUUCUUCUCCCUCAACUCUCUCAAAUUAUGCUUAUGCUGAAAGAGAGCGUGCUGGACAAGAAGAGGAUGAAAAAGCUGGUCUUGCAAGGGAAGAAGAUACGGGGGCAUCACUUGAGGACGAAGAGGCAGCUGCUGUCCAAGAGCAAGUAAGGCAAAUCAAGGCCCAAGAAGAGGAAUUUGAGACAUUCAACCUUAAGAUUGUUCAUAGAAAGAACAGAACUGGAUUUGAGGAGGAUAAGAAUUUUCAUGUCGUCUUAAAUUCGGUGAUAGCUGGUCGAUAUCAUGUUACUGAGUAUCUUGGAUCAGCUGCAUUCAGUAAAGCUAUACAAGCACAUGACCUGCAUACUGGCAUGGAUGUUUGUGUAAAGAUCAUAAAGAACAACAAGGAUUUUUUUGAUCAAAGCCUUGAUGAGAUUAAGCUUCUCAAGUAUGUCAAUAAGCACGAUCCUGCUGACAAGUACCACAUUCUUCGCUUGUAUGAUUACUUCUACUAUCGAGAACAUUUGCUAAUAGUAUGUGAACUUCUUAAGGCAAACUUAUAUGAGUUUCAUAAAUUUAAUAGAGAAUCAGGAGGGGAAGUGUACUUCACAAUGCCAAGAUUGCAGUCAAUUACCAUUCAGUGUUUGGAGGCUCUCCAAUUUCUGCAUGGACUUGGCCUAAUACAUUGUGAUUUGAAGCCUGAGAACAUACUGGUGAAAAGCUACAGCAGAUGUGAGGUGAAGGUCAUUGAUCUUGGGAGUAGUUGUUUUGAAACAGAUCACCUCUGUUCCUAUGUCCAGUCCAGGUCCUAUCGAGCCCCAGAGGUUAUCUUAGGACUUCCAUAUGAUAAAAAGAUAGAUGUAUGGUCACUUGGCUGCAUUUUGUCAGAACUAUGCACUGGCAAUGUGCUAUUCCAAAAUGAUUCUCCUGCAACAUUACUUGCAAGGGUGAUAGGAAUCAUAGGCCCCAUUGAACAAGGCAUGCUAGCCAAAGGACGGGAUACUUAUAAAUAUUUUACCAAAAAUCAUAUGCUUUAUGAACGGAAUCAGGAGACCAGCCGGCUGGAAUACUUGAUACCAAAGAAGACAUCGUUGAGGCACCGACUUCCAAUGGGUGACCAAGGCUUCAUUGACUUUGUUGCUCAUCUUCUAGAGGUAAAUCCGAAGAAGCGUCCAUCUGCAGCUGAGGCCCUGAAGCACCCUUGGCUGUCGUACCCUUAUGAACCCAUAUCCUCAUGAAAAGUUAUUUCCUGAAGAUUCUCUUGAUGGGAGAGAUACAUGGCAGGUGCCCUUUUGUUUUGGUUUGGGUGUCUUAUUAAGAGGGAAGGAGCCACCAUUUGAUUCCCGACAAGAAACCGGGCUAUCUUUUUUUCUUUUAAAAAAAAUGAUCUUUGAAGUGAGUUUGCCCCAUCAAAUUCCUGCAGCAAUGCAGGGAAAGGUGUGUUUGGAUUUGUGGUGAUACCUUUCUUUUCCUUCCCCUUUGCCAAGUUGUAUUCCAGAUUAACAUAAUCAAGAAUGUAAUUUUGCACGUGGUGUAUUGCUAAUACUAGGGUCUUCUUUUCUUUGUUUUCGUUUGAUUUAGUAUUGGAGGGGGAAAUCUUAAAAAUCUUUGUUGUACAUGAUUUGUGAUGAUUCUUUUAGGUUCUUUAGUAAUUAUGUAGUGAAAUAUCUAAUUAUCCAA